CAAUACUCCCACAGACAUCUUUUGUGGUUUUCUGAUGUAUAGAUAGAGUUGCGUUUUAUUUAAUAAAUGCCAGCGUCCCUACUGAGUGCUGAAGGUUUAACUGGUUUUUCAUUUACCUCCGGAUAUAAAUGAAUACGAAGUCUAGCUAUGGAAACUUAAACAUUGCUAAAGACCUUGGACCCACCAAGGAAUACGCUUUUUUUGAUUCCGCAAAUGUUUGCCUAAACGCCAUGCGAGCAGCAAGAAUAUCCACUCGUCACGUGCAAAGUUCGAAACUGAGGCUGGGAAUAUCACGAUUAUUCAUCAAUUGAAAGCAACAGGCUUUUCUAGAAAUGUUUCCACAGACAAGGCGAACAAAAACCGUCGUAGAGUGCUCAGUGAACCAUGGCGAUGAUCAAUCACGUCACUUGUUUAAACUCUUAGACUAUGUUGGAUACAGCCAUGAUAUCAUCGCAGAAAGGCGGAGAGUGUUCCAUGGGAUAGACUCGAUGAUUAACAAUGCAAGAGAGGACAAAAUUGUGCGUGUAACAGCCGGUAGCAAGGCUGAAGGCUUAGCAUCGUGUUAUGAAAGCGACUACGACUUCUUGAACAUAUAUCAAAAUAUUGUUUGUCAAUUUGAAAUUUUCACAAAUAUAUUUUCAAAUGACACAACAGAGUUUUGCAUGUUAGGAGAAGCAUGCCACCCAGGAUAUUACACACUGAAGUUGUUAACAAGAGGUGUUAAGUUGCCGAUAAUCAUUGAAGCGUCGCUAGUCACAAACCAAAAUUACGAGAUUUUCAUUUCUAGUGAUUUGUUCACGAAAGAAUUUGAGCAAACCGUUUUUUUUGAUUCAGUGGGUGGAUGGAACAAGGGAAAAAGGACGGGACCUGCCGUCCCUUCGACCCGUGGGAUAUAUCGCAGGGAUAACGUGUACGCAUUUCGUUGCGUUGUCCAAAAAGAGGUUUUAGCCGACUGGGCUAAACGGGAGAGACCCUUUGGGUGGCCAUGUGCUGACGUCAUAAAUGACGUCAUAAAUCUAGAUGCGCAGCUAGUACCUGUUGGUUGUAAAGGUUCAAGUAAUCGAGACAUGGAGUGGCGCAUUUGCUUUAUUUAUGCGGAAUUGAAGCUAAUUAAAACGUUAAACGAAUUCCAGUAUAAACUGUACAUUAUACUGAAAAAAAUUAACAAAGAGGUACUUCGUCCAAUCUGCAGUGAUAUGUCGUCUUUUAUCAUGAAGAAUGUUGUAUUCUGGAUUGUAGAGUCGCACCGUCAGGAGAUAUUCCGUGAGCAGAACCUAAUGCACGUCUUACAAAUUGCUCUGAAAUUCCUCAAGACUGCACUUGUCAAUAAUAAUCUUCCGUACUACAUGAUACAUGGUAGGGACCUGUUGAUUGGACGUACUACUGAAAACGAAAGGUCGAGAUUAAUCAGUAAAAUAGAAGAACUUAUCACUGAAGAUGGACGGAUAAUAUAUCGGUUACCGAAAUUACGAGAGGCUGUGGAUACUGUUACUCUCGACAAACUUGAACAAACGGAAAAGCGUAGGGACAAACUUGAGCGCCUUGAGUUGUCGCGCCAGUACAUGAACGCGUCGUACCGGGCAUCAAAUCUUCAACGGGAAGAGAUAGACAGACUGUGUUGGAAUGACAAGACAUACCGGGAAGCCAGGUAUGAAAUGCACGACAUGGUAUGGCCGCAAUGGAGAGACUAUUUAAUAGCGGAAAACCGAACAGAGACUCUGAACACGGUAAUACAAAGCAUCGGGGACGCCGGCACCUUCAGGGAUCAUUAUUUGAGAUUCGCCCACAGUCAUCUCAGUAUUAUAUGGCCUCAUCUGAAAUCGGAAGUUAAGGUCAAAGAAGAUACAUCCGAAGAGCUGAUAAUGGAACUGUUUGCCAUUAUACGGGUUAAAGUAGAGAGAGAUUUGUCGUAGAAUAUAAUACAAAUUCGAUUCUUACCUUUUUAUCAAAGUUUAUUAACGUGCUGAACAUAUUUGUUGAAAAUAUGAUAACCAUAUGUAUUUCUCAUAAAGGGUUACAUUCAGUACUGUUAAACGAUGUGCUGAAACAUAGUUAUUUUACGUGUGUACUGCCUUACAUGCACAAGACUACGAGUGUUUCACUCUUCAUAUUCAUUGUUUUAAUAACUCGCAGCAAUCAUUAUGCUGCCAUAUUUAACAGCUGAAAUGUACACUGAAUCAUUGUUGCUAUUGUAAAUAAAACCGUUUCCAGGAUGCAAAAUGGGGUCACGUGUUUUGUUUUAAAUCUCAUAUUUAUAUAAUUUGUUUCUCGCACGCUUUUGUCAUUCACAACACAUAUAAUAUGCAUGUUUAUGUCUAAGAAUCAUCAAGUAUUUUCAGAGAUCCACUCGUUUAUUGACAUAUCUUAUGGUUUUUGGGAUUGGAAGUGCGAUAACAUUUCUUGUUUACGCAGAACUGCAACCUGUUUCAGUGGCUUAAUUUAUUGUGGGUUUUUCCUUCCAACAAUUUACAAAUGAUUAACAGACGUAAAAUAUAUAAACGAUUUAUACAGAAAUUGGUGUAUCCUGUUACAUUCAAGUUGUGCCCUACCGUGUGUUACCCCUAUAUUGCGAGAAAUAUCAUUAUGUCCGCGUACCUGUUUUGAUAAGUUUGCGUUCGCAAAUAAAACCUUUGUGAAAUGUU